UGUUUUUGUUUUAAAUAACAAACAUGGCCACGUUUACCAUUUUAUCAUGUCAAGGGUUUCUAAAAGAAGAUGGAUGAAUGUGUUGUUGUUUGAAAGAGGUCGUUCAUGUUGUUGAAAGGGAUUAAAGCAAGCUGAUUACAAGUUUUAGCCGGUGUGGUUGGGGCAGGCAGCUGUGGCACUGAUAUGCAGCCCUUGGACGACUGUCUCAAAUCUCAGGCUAAACUAUCUUAUCCUAAAUGUUGUUCAACUUUGACAGUUCCAUUCUGAGGUUUCUGACCUGCUUGUUACCCUAAUUUGGGGGAGAGAGGAGGAGACAUGGGGACUGGCAGUCAGAUCUGUCUGCUGCUGUGGAAAAACUGGACCCUGCGAAAAAGACAAAAGCUUCGGUUUAUUGUAGAGCUUUUAUGGCCACUGGCCCUGUUUAUUGUCUUGGUUUGGCUGAGAAAGGCAAACCCGCUAUAUCAGCAACAUGAAUGUCAUUUUCCCAACAAGGCCAUGCCAUCUGCAGGAACCUUGCCCUGGUUACAGGGAAUGUUCUGCAAUGCCAACAACCCCUGCUUCCAACACACAACGCGUGGAGAAUCCGCUGGUGUAGUCUCGAACUACAACAACUCCAUUUUGGCCAGGUUCUAUGCCGAUUCACAAGAACUGCUGUUCUCAAAGCCAGAAUUCCAACAGCUAGAAAGGGUCUGGGAAGAACUGCGUGUCAUGUCUGAUUUCAUGGACACAAUCAGAACUAACCCUGCUAGAAUUUCAGGUCGAGGGGUCAAAAUUGAAGACAUUCUGAAGGACGAUGAAACUCUCACUGGGUUUUUGUUAAGGGACUGUAGAUUCUCUGACUCUGUUGUUACUCAGCUGAUGAAGGCCCAAGUGCGCAUGGAACAGUUUGCAUUCGGGGUCCCUGACUUGACCCUGAAAGACAUUGCCUGCAGCCAAACCCUGCUGGAGCGCUUCAUCAUCUUCACCAGCCGGCAUGGUCUGCAUGCAGUGCGCAACGCCAUGUGCGUCCUGAGUCAGCAGAGACUGCAGAAGAUUGAGGAUGUUCUCUAUGCAAACAUUGACUUCUUCAAGCUCUUUCACAUUCUUCCUUCAGUGUUGGAUAAUCACUCCUCUGGUGUGGACCUACGAUUCUGGGGCCAAGUAUUGUCAAAUGUUUUUGAUUUAUUACAAGAGCUAAUCAAGAGAAACAGUUUUAACAAUCUGCUCCAGGUCCUGUACCCACUUUUCCAAGAUGGCGGCCCAUCUUCCUUCACCCAGCUGAUGAACUCGGUGUCUAACCUGUUUUGUGGGUACCCCGAGGGAGAGGGCUCCAGAGUGUUCUCAUUCAACUGGUACAAGGACAAUAAUUACAAGGCUUUUCUUGGAAUCGACGGCUCCAAGAAGCAGCACGAUUACAUCUAUGACAAAACGACCAGCCCAUUCUGCAAUUCACUCAUCCAGAACCUAGAGUCUAACCCCAUUACCAAAAUAGCCUGGAAUUCCAUGAAGCCCCUGCUGAUGGGAAAGAUCCUGUAUGCUCCUGACUCUCCUGCUGUGCGGCAGAUAUUAAAAAAUGCUAACACCACCUUUGAGGAGCUGGAGAGACUGAGGAUCAUGGGGCUAGCCUGGGAAGAAGUGGGUCCUCAAGUGUGGAACUUCUUUCAGAGCAGUGUUCAAAUGAAUAUGAUCCGAGAUACAAUUAAAAACCCUACAGUGAGCGGUUUCAUUGACAGACAUCUUGAAGAUACAGAAUUUUCAUCCAAAUAUAUUCUUAACUUUCUCUACAAUGGACCCCCGAGCAGUCGACCAGAAGACAUGAUGGACUUUGAUUGGAGAAACAUCUUUGAUGUGACUGACCAGGUCAUCCGCCUCUUUAACCAAUACGGAGAGUGUCUGAAUCUGGAUAAGUUUGUAGGCCAUUCUGAUGAAGUCCAGCUGACCCACCAAGCUGUGUAUCUCCUACAAGAAAACAAGUUUUGGGCUGGAAUUGUCUUUCUUGACAUGUUCCCUUGGACCAACAAGCUGCCAAUGCAUGUGAAGUUCAAGAUCCGCAUGGACAUUGAUGUUGUGGAGCGAACCAAUAAAAUCAAAGACAGAUACUGGGACCCUGGUCCAAGGGCUGACCCCCUGGAUGACCUGCGUUACAUCUGGGGAGGGUUUGCAUAUCUCCAGGACAUGAUUGAACACGGCAUUAUCAAGAGUCACACAAAUAAGGACGUGCCCAUGGGGCUCUAUGUACAGCAAAUGCCAUAUCCCUGCUAUGUAGAUGACCUCUUCAUGCUGACUCUCAACCACUGCUUCCCCAUGUUUAUGGUGCUGGCCUGGAUCUACUCUGUCUCCAUGAUCGUCAAGAGCAUUGUGUUGGAGAAGGAGCUACGGCUCAAGGAAACACUAAAGGUCAUGGGCGUCUCUAAUGGUGUGAUCUGGUACACCUGGUUCAUCGACAGCUUCCUAAUGAUGGCCACCAGCACAGGCAUCCUGACCUUUGUCAUCAUGGAAGGAAAUGUGCUGCACUACAGCAAUCCUGUCAUCGUUUUCCUGUUCUUGUUGACGUUUACCGUGGCAACCAUAAUGCAGUGUUUCCUGAUGAGUGUCUUCUUCAAUAAGGCCAACCUGGCAGCGGCCUGCAGCGGCAUCAUCUACUUCACCCUCUACCUGCCACACAUCCUCUGCUUCGCCUGGCAGGACCGCAUCACCAAGAACAUGAAGAUACUGGUGAGUUUGCUGUCUCCAGUGGCAUUUGGCUUUGGUACAGAAUAUUUAUCCCGCUAUGAAGAGCAGGGCCUUGGGCUGCAGUGGGAUAAUAUCUGCACCAGUCCAUUAGAGGGCGACGACUUCAGUUUCUUAUGCUCCAUCAGGAUGAUGGUUUUUGAUGCUUUUCUUUAUGGCGCCCUGGCAUGGUACCUUGAUAAUGUGUUCCCAGGUCAGUAUGGUAUAGCACGGCCUUGGUAUUUUCCACUCCAGCAUUCAUACUGGUCAGGACCCGAGCCCUCUCUGCCUGAGAAACCAGUCCCCACAGAAGAUAAAGGAGAGAUAAAGGAGAUCAAGGAUGGAAAAGAGGAAGAGAAGAGCCAGAAGUCAUCAGAGAAGUCGGUGACUGAGAACAAAACCGAGAGCAAAGAACCGGCGAAGAAACCCUGCAAGCACAAAGAGAAGCAGGAAAAGGAAGAAAAUGAGAAGGAAGAGAAGCUAAAGAAAGAAGCUGAGGCAGAGAAAAAGGAUGCUGAAACUAUUCCAGGUAACCCUUUCUUCGAGGCUGAGUCGGCAGGCCUGGUGGUCGGGGUGGCGGUUCAGGACCUGGUGAAGACUUUCGAUGGCUGCAGCAGGCCAGCGUUGGACGGGCUGAACAUAACCUUCUAUGAAGGGCAGAUCACUUCUUUCCUGGGACACAAUGGAACUGGAAAAACAACAACCAUGUCAGUCCUCACUGGUUUGUACCCCCCAACCUCUGGCACUGCUAUCAUCAAAGGGAAGGACAUCCGGACGGACAUUGACACCAUUCGACAGUCCCUGGGCAUGUGCCCACAGCACAACAUCCUCUUCCACCACCUAACAGUAGCUGAACACAUUCUAUUUUACGCCCAACUGAAAGGGAAGCCGAAGGCAGAAGCUGAGAAGGAGGUGGAGGAAAUGUUAGAAGACAUUGGCCUCCCUCACAAGAAGAAUGAAGAGGCACAGAACCUGUCAGGUGGCAUGCAGAGGAAGUUAUCUAUAGCCAUGGCCUUUGUUGGGGGAGGAAAGGUGGUCAUUUUGGAUGAACCCACUUCUGGAGUAGAUCCUUAUUCAAGGAGAUCCAUCUGGGAUCUGCUGCUCAAGUACCGCUCAGGCAGGACCAUCAUCCUGUCCACACACCACAUGGACGAGGCGGACCUCCUUGGAGACCGGGUGGCCAUCAUCUCCAAGGGGAAGCUGCUCUGCUGCGGCUCCCCCCUGUUCCUGAAGAACUGCUUCGGCAUCGGCUUCUACCUUACCCUGGUGCGCAGGAUGAGAUGCGUCAAACAAGACAAGAAAAAGGAGAGUGAAUGUGGCUGUAAACCGGAUUGCUCAUGCUCGUGCUCUACUUGUACCAAAUUCAAGAAAGAUUGUCAUACCCAGACCCAGACCCAAACCCACACCUUCGAACAGGAGAUGGAUGGUGACAUAGAGAGUAUAACCAGCCUGAUUCACCACCACGUUCCGGAGGGGAAGCUGAUCGAGAUGACUGGUCAGGAGGUGACGUAUUUGCUGCCCAACAAAGACUUCAAGCACCGGGCCUAUGCUAGCUUGUUCCGGGAGCUGGAGGAGACACUGGGUGACAUGGGACUCAGCAGCUUCGGGAUCUCUGAUACCUCACUCGAAGAGAUUUUUCUUAAGGUUACUGCUGAUGCUGAAACAGCCACAGGUGUGGGGAACCCAGAAGAGUGGAUGUUGCAGCACAGGAAGUCUCGAACAAGUGUUGCUGGAGAGAACAAGGUCACUGUAAACGUUGAAGCUGCAGAAGGUGCAGAGAAUGCUGGGGUGAAGCAGUCAGCUUCAGCCAAUGGGCAGAGGGCCCCUGAGAACUCUCCUAAUGACGCGAGUGAUGGGAAAGGCUCCCACCAGAUCAAAGGUGUAGGGCUGGUCUUUCAAGCCCUUCUGAUAAAGAGGUUGUACCAUGCCACCCGCAGCCAGAAGGACUUCCUCGCACAGAUUGUCCUGCCUGCAAAUUUUGUUCUCUUGGCUCUGAUUUUUACCCUCAUCAUCCCUCCUUUUGGGGAAUAUCCCAGCCUAUCUGUGCACCCAUGGAUGUAUGGCAAGCAGUUCACCUUCUUUAGCAACGAGCAGCCUGAAAGUGAGCCAAUGAAGCAUUUUGGUGAUGUGUUGUUAAACAAACCUGGUUUUGGGACACGCUGCAUGAAGAGUGAACCGUUAGCGAAAUACCCUUGUAGUAAUUCCACCGCUGACUGGGAGAUGGAAUUUAUCCCUGUAAAUGUUACGAACCUUCUGAUGAAACAAAACUGGACUGAGACCAACCCUUCACCAGUCUGUCAGUGCAGCACCCAGGAGAAGUUGACCAUGCUCCCACAAUGCCCUGCAGGAGCUGGAGGGCUGUCCCCACCACAGAGACUUCAACCAACCACAGACAUUGUACUAGACCUCACCAAUAGGAACAUAUUUGAUUACCUCGUAAAAACAUACCCAACACUGAUCAGAACAAGUUUAAAGAGCAAAUAUUGGGUCAAUGAGCAAAGGUAUGGAGGGAUCUCUUUUGGUGGACAGCUUCCAGUCCUCGACCUCAACACGGAGUAUGUAGCCGAGGUCUUCAUGCAGCUGGGAUGCAUGCUUAAUGUUACUGGGGGUAACUACUCCAAGGCAGUCUUAAGGGAAUUACAGCCUUUCCUUAAAUAUAUGGAAACUGAAUAUAAUGUGAAGGUGUGGUACAGCAAUAAGGGCUGGCAUGCGAUGGUUUCUUUCUUGAACAUAGCCAACAACGCGAUUCUCAGAGCGAACUUACCGAGUGGAGCAGAUCCAGCCGAGUACGGAAUCACCACCAUCAACCAUCCUCUGAACCUGACCAAAGAGCAGCUCUCUGAGGUCACUGUGCUCUCUACCUCAGUAGAUGCCGUGGUGGCGAUCUGUGUGAUCUUCGCCAUGUCUUUUAUCCCAGCGAGUUUUGUCCUUUACCUGAUUCAAGAGAGGGUCACCAAAGCCAAACACCUGCAGUUUGUGAGCGGUGUGAGCCCAACUGUUUAUUGGAUAUCCAGCUUCUUCUGGGAUAUGUUGAAUUAUUCAGUGAGUACUGCUAUGGUUGUUGGGAUAUUCAUUGUCUUUGACAAGAAAGCAUACACUUCACCAACUAAUCUUCCAGCCCUUGUGGCACUACUGCUCCUGUAUGGAUGGUCUGUCACUCCGUUGAUGUAUCCUGCUUCCUUUCUCUUCAAUGUGCCCAGCACUGCCUAUGUGUCCCUGUCCAGCAUCAACUUAUUCAUUGGCAUCAACAGCAGUGCUGCCACUUUAAUUCUGGAACUCUUUGAAAAUGACCGGGUGAAGGCUAUGUCGUUGACCCUUUUAACUGGAAUUUUAUUGGAAAGAAUAUUUUUGCCAUGGCAGUUGAAGGCAUUGUAUAUUUUGCCCUGAAUAUCUUGAUCCAACAUCGCUUCUUUCUUACUCAUUGGCUAUCUCAGGGAAAUACCUCUCCUAUCAUUGAUGAAGACCAGAAUGUUGCAGAAGAGAGGGAGAGAAUGAACAAAGGAGGAAGCAAGAAUGACAUUCUGAAAAUUAAAGACUUGUCAAAG